ACAUUUAUUUGUUUUGUUUAAUUUUAUUGUACAUAUAUAUUUACACUUGAGUAAAUAAAUGUUUGAAUUAAUGUUAUUUAGCCAUGGACAUUUAAUUAUUUAAAAUUCAGGGCCUAGAUAUAAUACGAAUACUACUAUACGUUACAGACAGGCUAAUAUGUCAAAGUUAAUACCGUUUGUUCUUCUUUAAUAUCCACGCAUCGAGGUCGCACGUACGAUACAACAAACUCGAUGAAUAACAAUCAUCAGUAAAUCACUUUACUUGUAAAUUUUCUGCCAGUCAUAACUAUUAACUUAAAUUGACAGUUUCAUUUUAUUUUUUCUGUGUAUAUAUAUGUGCAUAUGUAUAGGAGAAGAGGAGUGGGCCAAAAUGGGGUAGGAUUGGAGUGUUAAAGAGUCAAACACUAAAAUGUAUAAUGAAACAAAGAGGAUGGAACAAUCGUCUCGAAAUAUUUUUUGGUCCUCAAUGAUAUCUGGUGCUGCAGCUGGUCUAGUUUAUGAUGUUAUAUUUUUUCCAAUGGAAACAGUUAAAACGCGGCUACAAAGUAAACAAGGAUUCAUAAAAUCUGGAGGAUUUAAAAAACUUUAUCGUGGUCUUGGACCAGCUAUUGCUGGAUCUGCUCCUACUGCAUCACUUUUUUUCGCGACUUACGAAGGAUUCAAAGAAAUUGUUCAGCCUCAUGUCGAACAAAAACAUUAUCCAUUUGUUCAUAUGGGAGGAGCUUGUGCUGCUGAAUUGGUGGCUUGUCUUGUUAAAGUACCUGUUGAGGUAUUGAAACAACGUCGGCAAGCGCUGUUAACUGAUACUCAUCCCGCAGUUCUCGGGUUAAGAACUUUAUACCGUGGGUAUGGUAUUACUUUACUUCGCGAUCUACCAUUUGGUUUAUUUCAAAUGCCUGUGUGGGAUUUUCUUAAACUAUUUUGGAAAAAUAAAAUGCAACGAGAUUGCACACCACUUGAAGGAGCAAUUGCGGGCGCGUUUGCUGGUUCUAUCUCAGCAGCGGUAACAACACCGUUUGACGUUAUAAAAACAAGAAUAAUGUUAAGUAGUAUAUCACAAAAAAGAGUUAAAAUUUUAGAUACUAUGAAAGAAGUUUAUAACGAAAAAGGACUUAAAGGAUUAUUUACUGGAUGUUCGCUGAGGACUUUUGGUUUCGGACUCAGUGGUCUCGUAUUUUUCGGAGUUUAUGAACAAUCAAGAUAUAUUUGUUCAACAAUUUUAUUUUGUGAUUCACCAAAUGUAUAAAAUAUUAAUUAUUUAAAUUUUUUAAAUAAAUAAUUAUUGUAAAUAAUUUAAUUAAAUAAAUAAAACAAGUGAAUUAGA